GCGAGAGGCAAUUAACUACUGCCUGGCAGCAAUCGCCCUGCCAGUCCCGCUGCCUCCACGCACACAAGGAUUAGAAGUCGAAACCCAGACUACCAACUCAGCGCAGCAGAGCACGAGGCCGGCGCUGGCGUCGGUCCUUCCCUCCCUCUGCUGGAUCCUCCCCGCCAUCCGGACGUGCGUGGGUUCCUUUCGUCCUCGGUUGGCAAGUCAUCCUACCUUGCCUCUUGCCUGGAUGGAUUCCGUUUGCUAAGAGCUGUUUUUGUUCUCCAUCGAUUGCAAAUCUUAGUUUCUCUCUCAACAUUCAGUUUGUUUCGCCCUACAUACUCAUCCAAUCCAUCCGGCCUCCAUGGUUUGAUUGGGUGUUCUUCAGCGCUCAAGAUCGGCACUUGAUUUUCAGAUCAUUUCGGCCGGGCUCAGGAGAUUGAGGAGGAGGGGCCGUCGGGGAAAGAAAACGCCGGCAUACCGCUGUUGCUGUGGCUGUGGCCCACACUGUUACACUACUUCUAGGCUCUAGCUUGUGGCCGUCAGUCACCUCGCGAUCUAAACGAGGAGAGAUAGUAGAGCAGUGACUGGUAACAGAAGAUGCUGGCAUGCAUCGCGUGUUCCUCCAAGGAAGGCGGAGAGGACGGCUCCCGUGCCGCGGCCACGCCUCACGGCAAAGAUGCCGUCAAGUCUCUCACCUCACAGCUCAAGGACAUGGUGCUCAAGUUCUCCGGCUCCAACAAGCAGUACAAGGGGGCGCCCGGCGGGAGUCCGUCGUUCAGGACAGGGAGCUACCGCCGCCCCUACCCCGGCUUUAUAGACGACACCGGCUUCGCGCCGACGAGCAGGGUUCUCGGUGAGGACUACGACACAAGGACAGCAUUGGCAGCAGGAAGCGCCGGGGCGCGAACCGCGCCGCCGACAUCGAACAACCGCGGCUGGCAGCAAGAAGGCAAGAGCCCUGGUGGUAGCAGCUGGAUUCCGAGCGUCGAGGAGGAGGCGGCCAGCGACGAGGUCGUCGUUGUGGAGGAGGCAGCCGUGCCCAGGGAUUGGACGGCGCAGGUGGAUCCCGGCGUCCAGAUCACAUUCGGCACGCUCCCCGGAGGUGGCAACGACCUCAAGCGCAUCCGCUUCAGCCGGGAGAUGUUUAACAAGUGGGAGGCGCAGCGGUGGUGGGGCGAGAACUACGACCGCAUCGUGGAGCUGUACAACGUGCUCACGUUCAGCGGCCGGCCGCAGGGGGCCUCCACUCCGACGUCCUCCGUCGACGACUCCGUGCUGAGAGAGUCGUCCUACUCUCGGGGCGGCUCGACGAGGGGCAGCCCGGUCGUUAUGCCACCACCUCCGCCGGUGAGCAAAGAGCCGAUCACCCGGAGCACGUCAUGCAAGGCAACGCCAGGGUCCUCGGCGCCUUACGCGGCCGCGCCUUCUACCAGGGCGGCGUACUACCCGUCCGCGGCCGUGCCCGACCCGUCCGACCACGUCUGGGCGCACCACCUCAACAUGCUCAACUCCGCGGCGGCCGGCACGUCAGCUAUGGGCGGCGGUGGCCCGUCGUCUUACGACCCGUCGCGGGCCACCACCUCGUCACUGGACGAGGCCUCCGUGUCCAUCAGCAACGUGAGCGACCUGGAAGCGGCAGAGUGGAUCGAGGAGGACGAGCCAGGCGUGUGCCUCACCAUCCGUGAGAUCGGCGACGGCACCCGCGAGCUCCGCCGCAUCCGCUUCAGCCGGGAGAGGUUUGGCGAGGACAGGGCAAAGGUGUGGUGGGAGCAGAACAGAGAGAGAAUACAAGCUCAGUAUCUGUAGCAAGGGAUCAGAGAGGAGUUGAUGCAAUUUGCAGGCUUGAAAGGAUAAUCUAGCGUGUUGGGGGAUAUAUUAGAGGGGGAUGAUACCGCUAUACAUGAUGACAAGAGUGUGAAGAGUGAAAGAAAUGGGCGAUGGUACAUGGCUUUAGCGAAGGUUGUAUAUGGAGCUUUGUUGAGUUUCUAGAUGGAUAUGUGCUCUCUUAUCUUAAUCUGGCUUAAUUGCAUUGUCAUACACAAUGUGGUUUGUUCGUUGGUUUAAUUUAUUUUAACUUUGUCCA